CUUGGAUAGCUCUUGAAGUGUAGUUUCAUAAUUGAGUGGCCUUUGUUCGAGGAGAGAGAGAUUAUCUUACAAAAAUCGAUCUGGAACGAGCAGUGGUCUGUGAACUCGAGCUGUGAGAGUGCUGAGACUGUUUGGUUGAUAUCUCGAGUUUUACCAAUCCAAUUAAGGCGUGUGAGAUACCAAAAGAAAGCUAUCAAGACGAGGAAUCCGUGAAGGUCUGGUUUGAAUCAAUCGGAGUAGAGGAAGGCUUCCAAAUCGUCCGAGCAGAACGCGACCUCGCAGGGACGGAUUUACUCUUCUAAGAAUCGAGUUAGCCGGAAAACACCCGUUCUAGGGGCUGUUUUCGUAUCAACGAUUAGGGGUUGAAAUAGCAACUUGAGGAGGCUGUUUAGCACCCAUUUCUAAGCAAGGAAUCAGUUCUCAAGCUUCCUUGGCCGAGGCUUUAGCCAUUGGAUCGAGAAGGAAGGUUUUAAAGCUCAUUUGAGGUGAGGAUCGACAUCUAGUUGCUUACAACUUGUAGGUUAAGCAUGAGAUUACCUAAAUGCCUAAAUAAUGUUUUCCAUGGAUUAUGAUGAUAAAUUAUUGAUGGAAUAUUGAUCUAUUUUCCAAAGAAUGAAAUGGGAAAUGAUUUGGUAAAGUAUUGAUAAAAAUGGAGUUAAAUGAACUAUUGUGUGAAAUAGGCAUUUUACUCAUGUAUGAAUUGUGUAGAUACAUAAAUGAUUAUUUAUGUAUUACAUUGAAUGAUUAAGUUGCUGCUACAUAUCUCUAAAUAUGUAGGGUUUUACAAAUGGAAUAUAUGAUGGAUAAGAAUAAUCUUAAUAGUAUUGAAAUACUAGUUAAUGAUUGUUGUAAUUGUUAAGGAAUUGAAUCUAUGGAUUUGAUUGUAAUUGAUGAACUUGAUUGUGAUGCAAGUGACUAAAUUGAUGUAAUGUGAUGCUAUGACCAUGGUUGGGCAGUCCGUAGGGAUGUCCCAAAAUAGAUUAUUGAUAUUACAAUUCUAGGCAUAGUGAGUGCUUAGGAAUUGGGGUCUAUGCCAAUGUAAGGAGAUGUACUUGAGCCCGUGCUCAUAGAAUUGCAUUGGGUAGACAUGAUGGGGUGAUUGUUGUGCAUGGUGAUGUAGUUGAGUUGGACUCAAGAAAUGCACGGUGGAUUAGUUAACUUGUGUUAAAUAAGGUGCAUGGUGAUGUAGUCGAGUUGGACUCGAGAAUGCAAAUAUAUGUGUUAGGGUUGGACCCUAUAUAUUGUUGUGACUAGGGGUCACGGGGUUUUGGGAUAUGUUUGAUAAACAAACCUUGGGCCUACGGGCCGACUACUUGACUUUAUAUAUAAAGUAAGUAUAUUUUUGAAAAGGGGUAACUUGGGGUUACGGCCUAGAUUAUAUUAUCACCCUAUUUGAGGAUCUUGUGUUUGAAAUACUUGUUGUAUAUCUAUUAGAUGCCAUCCACACCAGCACUUUAUAGCCCUAUAGAGUGCUGACCCCUUCGGGGGCGUCCCACUACCAUUUUUCAGGUUGAGGCUAGAGCUUGCUUCCUGUGCUCGUUGCUCGAGUGAUCAUCUAGGAGGGAAGACUUGGUUCGUGCUUCCUCCAUUCGGUUUUUAAACAUUAAUAAACAUGCUCAUGGAUAUUUUACUAUAGAGCCUGCGUGCUCAUGAAUAGCCCGGUGUGGCCUUUUGUUUUAAACAAUGUUUUCCGCUGCGUUAUGAAUUACUUAUUAUGUUUGUUUAUGGAUGUAUAUGUGUGAAUGAUAUUCAAGACGCCUUGUAUAAUAUGAAUGUGUUGGACUGCGGUUGACUAUUCGUAUUGUACGGCGGGUUGUUGACGUGUCCGGAUAGGUCCGGGGCGUGACAUAUAGAGUGCUGACCCCUUCGGGGGCGUCCCACCACCAUUUUUCAGGUUGAGGCUAGAGCUUGCUUCCUGUGCUCGUUGCUCGAGAGAUCAUAUAGGAGGGAAGACUUGGUUCGUGCUUCCUCCAUUCUGUUUUUUUUUUAAAAAUUAAUAAACAUGCUCAUGGAUAUUUUACUAUAGAGCCUGCGUGCUCAUGAAUAGCCAUGUGUGGCCCUUUUGUUUUAAACAAUGUUUUCCGCUGCGUUAUGAAUUACUUAUUAUGUUUGUUUAUGGAUGUAUAUGUGUGAAUGAUAUUCAAGACGCCUUGUAUAAUAUGAAUGUGUUGGACUGCGGUUGACUAUUCGUAUUGUACGGCGGAUUGUUGACGUGUCCGGAUAGGUCCGGGGCGUGACAAUUAAGUUGGUAUCAGAGCCUUAGUCCAUAAACUUCAUAAUGAAGUCUCAAAAUUCUCUUUUUGAAAAGAUUUUGAAAACCAUGAGCAUAGAAGUUUUGUACUUGGAGAGCUUUUGGUACUUGGGUUGCAAGGUCUCUAAUUGUUAAGAUGGUACCCUUAGCAAUUGGUAUGGCGGUGACUCGAGCCAAAAUGUGUCUUAAGUACCUAUCCGUCAAUUGACAUUGAUACGAGUCUAACGACUCCUUCCAAAUUUCUUUCAGAAAUGGACCGUGGUGGCAGGAUUACUAGGAGAAACCCGACGGACCGUGUACCAGUGGAGACUGGACAGGGCAGUCGAAGGACCUCUAGGGCAUCUAGAGGAGCUGGCCGUGGAGGCCGAUCACAGACCGUGAGUGACGGUCAUGUUGACACAGAAAGUGAAACCUACUGGUCCUAUGAGGACUCGACUUACCAACCGGAGACCGAGCCGGUUGAGACCCCUUACGAAGGGGAUGACGAUGAUGUAAGUGAUGAAGAAGGGGAGAAUGACUCCCUAGCCAGAAUUGAGGCGCUGCUCCAGCAAUAUCAGCGGGAGCGCGAGGAAAGGAGGGAACGCCGAAGGCGCCGAGGAGGGCGAACUUCGGGAGGGGCUUCAAGAGGAAGAAGCCAUGGCGACUCUAGGGCCCACAUUGAACCACACGGGGGCCGGGGUGAUGGAGGUCCGAUCAUAAGGAUCUCCAAAUACCUCAAAGAGGC